AAAAUGCCACAGCGAAUCUACCUCUCAUGGCCUCCCAAGUUUCAGAACGACCCUUCCUCUCUGAUCAGCCGCUCAUAGCCUCCAUCUACGGCAAGCGCCUCCCUCGGCCGGCGCCGCUGCAGUUUUUGCUUUUAUUUGAACUUUCACAAUAUACUCCCUCACGCACUCCAAUAAAACUCUCCAUUUCGGGCGCCGCUGCAGUUUUUGCUUUUAUUUGAACUUUCACCAUAUACUCCCUCACGCACUCCAAUAAAACUCUCCAUUUCUCUCUUUCUCUCUCUCUCCAUUUUCGCCGUUGCAGACGAGGUCUUGAAGGCCGGCGUCGAGGCUGGCUGGACCGUCGAACAGGACGGCUCCACCUAUCGCAAGACCACAUUGGUGCAGAAUUUUCACUGUCCAAAAGGUGGGCAAAUCUUCUUAUGCUCCAUGGCACCUCACAAGAAAUCCAAGAAAAGCAAAAGGGAGCUGAAAAAAUUGAAGAAACCCAAAAGCAUAAGCAUUGUGGUUUCUGUAGAACCCAAAGCCAUUGAGUCUGACUGGUGGGACACUUUCUGGCACAAGAAUUCUUCGACCCCAGGUUGUUCAGUACCCAACGAUGAAGCAGAAGCUUUUAAGUAUUAUUUCAGGGUUUCAAAGAAGACUUUCAGCUACAUCUGUUCUCUUGUAAGAGAAGAUCUUAUAUCGAGGCCACCAUCAGGGCUUAUCAACAUUGAGGGAAGGCUUCUUAGUGUUGAGAAACAGGUUGCGAUUGCCUUGAGAAGGUUGGCAUCCGGUGAGUCCCAGGUCUCAGUUGGAGCUGCAUUUGGGGUUGGCCAGUCUACAGUUUCUCAAGUAACUUGGAGGUUUAUCGAAGCACUGGAAGAGCGUGCUAAGCAUCAUCUCAAGUGGCCUGAUUUCAAUAGAAUGGAGGAAAUAAAAUCCAAAUUUGAAGCAUCCUUUGGAUUGCUUAAUUGUUGUGGAGCCAUUGAUGCAACACACAUCAUCAUGACCCUGCCGGCUGUACAGACCUCAGAUGAUUGGUGUGACCGAGAAAAUAAUUACAGUAUGCUCUUGCAGGGAAUUGUUGACCAUGAAAUGAGAUUUCUUGAUAUUGUUACAGGUUGGCCUGGGGGCAUGACAGUUUCCAGGCUAUUGAAGUGUACUGGAUUUUUCAAACUCUGCGAGGCUGGAGAGCGUUUGAAUGGAAAUGUUAGAAGUUUAUCUGGAGGAGAGGAGAUUGGAGAAUUUAUAGUUGGUGGGGUCGGCUACCCUCUUCUCCCAUGGCUCAUAACACCUUAUGAAAGUAAUGGUCUCUCAACUUUCAUGUCCACUUUCAAUUCAAUGCACGAGGCUGCAAGGUUGCUUGCAAUGAGGGCAUUCUCACAGGUAAAGGGUAGUUGGAGAAUCCUUCACAAGGUUAUGUGGAGACCUGAUAAGCAGAAAUUGCCAAGCAUUAUCUUGGUAUGUUGUUUACUACACAAUAUUAUGAUUGACUGUGGGGAUAAUUUACUUCAAGAUGUUGCUUUGCCUGGUCAUCAUGAUCUGGGAUAUGGAGAACUGUGUUGUAAGCAAGUUGAUCCAGUGGGGAGAACACAGAGAGAAAACCUAGCCAAAUACCUCCAUCUUGGCAAAGAAAAAGCUCCAUCAAAAUAACCUAUCUCUAUUCUGUGUAGUGGCCUGGAUUUAAGUUCGACCUCCAUAAUCAGGUUUCAUGUAAAGGUUCAUUUUGCUAUUGAAAAGUAACAUAAAAUGUAAACCAUUUUGUGCUUUGAAAUGCUAUUUGGUUUUCUAAACAUCAAGGUAUAUUUCUAUUUUCCCCUCUUUUGGGGGAAAUGUUGGGAUUUGGAUCUUGAAUUCUUUUGAAAUUUGAUUCUCAAAUUUCAAAAUCUUGGCCGUUCUUUGCAUCUAAGGGUGCAAAACAGGUCUGAUUCUCAAAUUUCAAAAUCUUGGCCGUUCUUUGCAUCUAAGGGUGCAAAACAGGUCAGCUGUCUACUAUCAUAUUGAGAGGCCAAACCUGUUCAAAUUUCAAAACAAAAAAGUCCGGGCAUUCAAAUUUCAAAACAAAGGACACUUCUUCUUCCUUGCAUCAAGCUGGAAAAAAAAUCCCAGCUUUUGCAACUGUGUCUUCAUUGACCAGAUGACAGUGAGGCAGCUAAUGUCGCAUGGGUCCCUGAAGUACAGAGCUCCUCGCGUGACUCCCACAACGAUGGUGACAAGUCGUCCUCUGUGCAUGCCAUGCUGGCCUUCGGCAGCUCCAUGGACAGCCCCUCACACCCCUCCUAAGGCCACCACUCGUGCGCCUCCUCUGCCAGCUGCUUCUCCAUUUGUAGUUGUUCUUGAUGACCUGCUAG